GACACAGACUGACGCUUUAAACUCCCUGUCAGUUCGAAUACGACUAAUUGGUGAUAUUUUUACUCUUUUCUUCAGUCCUCUGCUCUUGAUAUUUGUAAGCAAAUAGAGAAGAGUUUAAGUAAUCAUCUUCCUGUUUUUCUCCGUGCUGUGCUUGUCAAGGAGUAGUCAGCAUAUGCCGAUGGAUUUGUCAGAGUUUCCCUUCUCUCUCUCGUCAGCUGAUGACCUCUACGACCCCUGCUUCAACACCAGCGAUCUGAACUUUUUUGAUGAUUUGGACUCCCGGCUGACACAUGGCGGGCUGCUAAAGUCAGAGGACCACCUUCAUCACAAUGUGCCAACAGCAGAGGAGGAGGACCAGCAUGUAAGGGCCCCUGGGGGCCUCCACCAGGGGGGCCACUGCCUGCUGUGGGCUUGCAAGGCCUGCAAGAGGAAGACAACACACGCAGACCGGAGGAAAGCAGCAACAAUGCGAGAGAGACGGCGGUUGAGCAAAGUCAACGAUGCUUUCGAGACCCUAAAGCGCUGCACGGCCUCCAAUCCAAACCAGCGGCUGCCCAAAGUGGAGAUCCUGCGAAACGCAAUCAGUUACAUCGAGUCUCUGCAGGCGCUGCUGCGGGCUGGCCAGAACGAGACCUUCUACCCGCAGCUUGAGCACUACGGCGGGGAGUCGGACUCCUCCAGCCCCCACUCCAACUGCUCCGACAGCACGAUGGAUUUCAUCUCUCCAUGUUCGACCAGUAGUGAAAACGGCAACUCUUCCUAUGGCAAACAAACAGCAGAUGGUUGCAGCAGCAGCAGCAAAACAUCGCUCAUUUCCAGCUUGGACUGCUUGUCCAGCAUCGUGGAGCGCAUCAGCACAGACCGAGCUGGGGCCCCCGCUGGAGACAGCGUAGUCCCCCAAGGCGCUGAAUCCCCUCACAGCAUCUCUGGUGUCUCUUCUUCACCUGCUGAUCCCAGCAGCAUCUAUGAGCCAAUCUUAUCCUGAUGGAGCUAACAGCGUAACUUUCCACAUGGACAGAAAGAUUCCUCCAUUAUAAGGAGGAGAACACUAAAUUAUUCCUGAUUUCUGAACUAAGCCACUUAAAUAGAUACUUUUUCAUUUGGAUGAAACAGUUUUCCCUGAACUUAGAAUUUUCAUAUUGUAGCGGAAAAAAGUAAUCCUGCUGUCUGUUUUUAAACAUCCAGGAGUCCUGGAGAGGACCCUGUUCAUGUGAUUCCUGUUGAUAACAACUGAGGACCAUAAAUACAUUUGACUAUU